AGCAGAUAGUGUGACGGAUGAUCGUUAUCAGAACGCUUCCAUGUGCAUUCAAUCCGACUCUAUUUUUAGCAGACGUGUGAAAGACAGCCUGUGUGAUGGACAGCAAGGGAAACAAUUGAAGAAGCAAAUCUUGGCAUUUAAGCAGAUGUCAGGAGCGUUGAUGCCGCUAGCAUGCGGCUAAAUAUAAUAUCAGUAUGUAUACAAGGCAGACUAAGAAGGCAGGAGCAAGUGAAAAAUCAAGAGCAUCAAAGAGAGCAAGAGGAUCAGGUUCAGGAGCAAUGGCCAUGUCGAGAGCGCCGUUUGGCCUGGCUCUUGUUGCUGUACCGGCUGCUCUUCUUCUUCUUGUUGUUUCCUCCUGCCAUGCAUCCAGAGAACACCCAGAUAUACGUAAUACUAUGGCAGUGGGGAGCAGCAAGACGGUGGUGAUAUUGGAUGAUCCAAAGUGCGAGGUGAUGGAGAAGUGCGACCCCAAGGGCUGUACGGAUUACUGCAUCGGCAUUGGCCUGGGACAAAAUAAUGGCUUCUGCACCUUCCAUGAUCUUCAGUUCUACUGCUGCUGCCCCAUCGACUAAAUUAUUUUUUCUAAUUGUUUUCUUCAUUCCAGGAGAAAUAUAGAUAUACGUACACAUGCAUCAUCGUGUACUGUACUAAAUUCACAAUACACAAGGAAUAAGUAGGCAAUCUAAUACUCUCUCUGUUUCAAAAUGUUUGACACCAUUGACUUUUUAAGUACGUGU